UCAACUUUCAUUUUUCCCCUUUACCGUUUACCCCCUUCCCCCUAGUCAUUCCCAUUUCCCACGCCAAACUUGUGUCUUUUCCAAAACCUCUCCCAACUCUAAACCCUCUUAACAAAAUGGCGUUCCUCCGCGCACGCGCCACCUUACUAACAACCCUCCGCCGCUCAUUCUCCACCUCCUCAACCCCUCUCCACGAAACCAAACCCCCAAAAAUGUCAGACUACCUCCUAACCAACGACCUCGCCUCUCAAAUCGGCACCUCAAUGCCAAUCUCCAUGAUGCGUAUCGGAACCCUAAUCCACAACAUCGAACUCCGCCCCAAAGAAGGCGGUAAACUCGUACGUUCUGCCGGAACCUCCGCCAAAAUCCUCAAAGAACCUUCUUCCUCUCGUCGUGUACUCGUUCGCCUUCCCUCUGGCGUCGAUAAGCUCAUCGACACACGUUGUCGCGCCACCAUUGGGUCCGUAUCCAACCCCUCGCACCGUGCGAAGAAGUUAAAGAAAGCUGGGAAUAGUCGAUGGCUUGGGAGAAGACCUGUGGUUCGUGGUGUUGCGAUGAAUCCGAUUGAUCAUCCACAUGGUGGUGGUGAGGGGAAAAGUAAAGGCCAUCAAUCUGUUUCUCCUUGGGGUAAACCUACUAAAGGUGGCUAUAAGACUGCUUGCCCUAAGAAGAAGAAUCGCCUUAUUUAGGAUUUCAGGAUUCUGUAAUAUCUCAUACCUUUGGGUUUCAAUGUCUAAACCUGCAGAAAGGCAACACCCCUUCUAGAGAACUGCAUUACUGCUUUUGAAUUUGUUAUCAGCAACUCUCAAAUUUACGAAGUACUUCCUCAUUUAUGAUAUAUAAAUCCAAUCUGCAGUUUGAAGUCACUGCCAUGUAAGUCUUCUGGACAAAUUCUCUUCUGGUUAUCAUGGAAGCUCCAGAGUCCUAUAUAUCUUUUGGAUAGAAAUCGUUUUGUCAGGGACUAGAAGAUGAAAUGCACUGGUUGGAUGAAAUCUAACCAGUGUUUAAUCAGCGUUUCUGAUCAGUGUACGAGAUAGAAUCUAGCCAGUGUUUAGUAGCUUUUCCGAUCAACUUAUGGGACAAAUUAUAUUAACAAUGUAGUUCUUGGUUCUAUUCGUUGUUGAGCAUAGCUUGUGCUUCUUGAUUGGAGUUGAAUACAUUCUGAUGGGUCCUUGAGCAAGCUUUGCUUGCUAUCGUGUCUGUCACGAUCUUGUUAUCUUUCAAUUUUGUCCACCUUAAGACUCAGCUUCAAGCCUUCAAGAGAGUCCUCCUUCUGGUUAGUGAAUAAUCUAAGCAUGGUGAGGUUGUUCAUUCUUCAAUUUUCUUCUAUUACUUUUUAGAAGUUUGAAUAUUAUUUGUUAAUUGAAUAUCAACUUAGCAGCCAUGAUAUAAUUGGGUGUUGAA